UUCCACACGGAGCUGAGCUACGAAAUGUCUCGCGUAGCAGUGGGCGUGGUUGUCUCCAAUCUACUGCAACUGCUUCCUCCGACCGCGACGCCACCCCUCGAGACCCUGUUGGGUCAACUGCGGGGUGGAGCCGAGUGCGAAGGGCCACCCGUCCAACUGCUCGACCAGAGCCACGACGCUGAACGACUGGCCGUUGUGUUAGGUGAGUUGGUAGCCUGUAAGGAGGAUGCUCAACAGCGUAGCUGGGAAUUGUACGAAGAUGAGGACGCCAUUAUGGAAUAUCUGCAGGAGUUCACCAGUAUUAUUAAAAACGCAGACCCGGCGAUAUCGCGACGCGUUUUGUCGCGCGACAAAUGCUGGCAGCUGGAGACGCUGCUGGACUACUACCAGAUGGAGGUGCGAUGGAGCAUACGUAGUCUGCUAUUGGACGCGUUUCUGGCCGUGUGCGCCCUUCAUCGCACCUUUGUGCACCUGUUUCUCAAUUCGGUGCUGCCUGUCGAGUUGGCCAGAGACAUGCAGAGCAACGUGAAAGACGUCCCGAAACUGAUCAACUCUGCCAAACUGCUGACUGUGAUAUUAUCUAUGGGCGAGCCCAUGCCUAUACCCCAUCUAGAGCAACUCGGCGAGGAAUUCGUGGACUUCCUGUUGUCUCUGAUCGAGGACCCGCCAGACCGCAACGAGCAGAUAUCCGAGGAGUUCUUCGUAGUGCUUGUCUCCUACAAUCUGCAAUUCCCGCCGCAGGCUCCCAACAUUGUCGUCGAGGCAUUCGCGCAACGAACCUAUGCCACCAAUUUCACCGAGAAACUGCUCUUCAUGCUCAACAGAGAAGAUGACCCAGUUCGCGCAAUCACACAGCAAGUCAAGUACCCGAAUUCAGUGCUGAAGUUGAUAGUAGACAUAUUCGUGUCGCGCAAAGCGGCCAACCUGUUCUACACCAAUGACAUCAACGUACUCAUCGACAUCAUUGUCAGGCAGCUCACUGAUCUGUCGCCCGGCGAUGAGAAACGGUCGCAAUACCUGCAGCUGUGCCGACUGGUCCUGCGCAACACGGACUACGCCGAGAGUCAGCAUAGAUGCGAUGACCUGCACAAGUGCUUCAUCCACAUUUUCUGCGAGGAGGCUGAGGCCAGCCGACCUGAUCAGGCGCUCGUGCGAGAUAUUUCCAACGAGUUCCCGCACUACUUCAAGACCUGAACGGUCUCUCCUAAGAAUAAGGAUCUCAUCCAGAUCAGAAGGACUACAAUCAUAAAUGAACUUGGAUGAGACAUCUGUUAAGGCAGCAUAAUUCAUUCUCCAGGUAAACUAAGCGAUAAUUUUAUCUGCUGUCAGAUCCAAUCUAAUUUUAGAUUAGACGAUUCUAAUUAAUCUAUCAAACUUUUCGAAAGAUAGUUUUUGUCCUCUCUUGGCAAAUAAUCCAUCGCCUUCCGCUAUUGCAGCAUUUUUUGUCUUUAUUAUAAUUUUUAAUUAAUCAAGCGAAAUUAAAAUCUAUAAUCAUUCAAGUUUUCGGAAAUAGUUAUCGAAUUUUGCCAAAUAAUCCAUAGGCAGUGUUUUCUAAUAGCAGCAAAAAUCCAUAGCCUUCCAGUCAUUUGGUCAUUCUCAGAAAUAGUUCAAUUUUUAAAAACUAUCAACUUGAAUUUCGAAUAAAUAAUAAUCAAUUUAUCUCUUUUCUGUAUAGGGCUACUUGUAAUAUAAAUAGAAAGAAAAUAAAAAUCUCAGUACCCUUUUUGAAUUACUUAAUCACAAGAUGUUGUGAUUAAAAUAAUUCAAAAAGGGUACUGAAAUUUUUCUUUUUCUUUCUAUUUAAUAAUAAUCAAGUAUAAUACUACAAAUAAUACACUUUAGAGAGAUUUACUUCAGACUGUCAGCAUCGAUUUAAUGGUGUGCAUUGAUGUUAUCAAUAAGUUCUGAUGACAGUUUAAAGUGAAUCUCACUAAAAUAAUUUUCAUUACCACUCAGGACUCUUUACAGCAUUUUCAGUAUCUAUAAACUAUGGCAUUCAUAUUCACUUAAUAACAGCCUAACUCUGUACUAUUUUCACAUUAAUAUUAUAAAUCCAUCAUCAUCUUCACUUCAGGGAUUAGGUUUAUUAAUUAACCGGUUCCGGUAUUAUAAAUUCAAAAUAAAUUUAUUCUGAACAACUUAUUUGACGUAUUUCAAGUUUACCAAGAGGAUAGUGAGGUUUGCUUCAAUUAGCAUGGACUGGAUGGGAAGCAAUGGUGUUUCAAAUUUAUAAAAAAUGCUAACACUUUGAAGUGAGACCCACUAUCAAUGAGAUGGUUGAUGGGUUGAUGAUAAUAUGAAAGUGUAUGUUGAAAUUGGGUUAUCUUUAUCAGAAUCUCUUGAAAUCUGAAUAUUUUAUAUGAUUAUAGACAUCUUUUUGGGGUUCUAAAUAUUGUUUUCUAGUUAUGUGAACGUUUUGUAGUAUUGUGAUUCAAGAUUUUAGUAUUUAUUACAUAAUAAUAUUAUCAUGUGAAAGAGAAUCAAUGUUUUUAACUAAUGAAACAAAUAAUUUUCUAAUUUGUUGAAGCUGUGAUUUUGUUGGAGCUAUCCAACAGCCAGCAAUCAUAUAAGUUAUACCAAUUCUGACAGUUUGAAGUGAAUCUCAAUACUGUAUAUUAUCAUAGAGAAACAAUAGCGUAAGUAGAUAUCCCAUGGUAUAGGGCGUUUAUGUCGCAACGUUUACUGUUAUCUGAAGCCGAUUACUGUCGAUUUUUACUGUUUUGUUGGGGUGAGAGUGUAUGAACGGCACAGUAUGAGAGACUACGAGCGUGACACAGCUUCUUGGGAAAGAACUACGUGGACUAUCGGCUUGAGAUAACAGUAACAGUUGCGAAAUAAACGCUCUAUACCAUAGGAUAUCUACUUACGCUAUUUUUUCUCUAUAAUAUUAUGCUCUCAUCAACUUGACUUUAUUUUCCUUGUUGUCCUGAAUUUUAAAAUUUGACAUUUUCAACUCCGCUAUUUCAU